ACAGAAACGGAAAUAUCUGAAAGAAACAGGAAAAAUAACUGGGCAGUUUCUAAAACUUGGAGCGGGAUGAUUUAGUUUUGUGUCUGAAGUGUGGAAUAUUAUUUUUUACUUACUGGAGAUGAAAGAAGAAAAACACAGGGCAGGAUUUAGUUGUUGUGUUGUGCGCGGUAUGGAAACUUUCGGAACCAUUCUUACUGUGAUAUUCUUUGGAAGUUUACUGCCAGAAAGUUCCGCUUACAAUGUUGAUGCCGAGGGAGGAUUGGUCCAUUCGGGUGAAAUUGGCAGCAUGUUCGGAUAUGCCGUAGCGCAACAUAUAGAUCAGUCAACAAGCUGGUUAUUGGUUGGAGCACCCCAGGCACAGACAUCGCAGCCAGGAGUUCAAAAAGGGGGAGCAGUUUACAGGUGUAGAACAGAUAAAAAGAACUAUUGCCAAGAAAUUCCUUUUGAUUCCUCAGGUAAUAAUAUAAAGUGGAAUGGACGCGAUUAUGUUGAUAUAGAGGAUAAGUCUGGGCAGUGGUUUGGUGCCACUGUUAAGAGUUCUGGAGAAAAUGGAGUUAUUUUGGCCUGUGCACCACGUUACACCUAUUUCUCUGAUACCUUUGACAAGCGAGAACCAGUGGGCACAUGCUACAUUUCAAGAGCAUCUACCACAACAGCCGAGGAGUUUUCUCCCUGUCGGACAGGAAUUACACACCACAUUCCCAGAAUUAGCCGGCUGCUGACUGGGAAAGAAUGUUUUGCCAGGAACAGCUCAUCUUGUUCUCCACUAGGUGCCAACUGCCAGACAUUAUGA